AACAUUUCAGUAAAUUUCCCGCAUUGCUGGAUAGAAGUUACUAUCCAGAUAUUAUCCUGAAAAUAACCUACGGUACCGUGCGUAGUUGUGCGAAAAAAAUUCUAUUCCUCACUUGUUUCAGAUUAUUAAUCUACUAUUGAAUAACGAUUUAAAAUGAUUAACACCGUUAAGAAUGCGUUCGUGUGAAACUGAAAUGCCAGUACCACCACAUAAUCUGUCAGCAGUUAGGAUUAUCCUUCUCAAAUAUUUUCCAGCUUCAAUAAUUCUCAAUUUUUCUAACGAAGAUCUUCUGUCUAUUAUAAAUCAACGGAGAAACAGAUCCCUUAUGACAGACCAAACAACCGAUACGCUUGAAUUGGACUGUGGUGGAGAUACGUUAUUAAACUUAUCUACGGCAUACGCAGAGAAGUAUCAUGUUUACACAUCAAUUUUAGUUUGCAUAUUUGGAAGCGUUGCAAACAUUUUAAAUAUAAUAGUUUUGACAAGAAAGGAAAUGUCCAAUGCUCCGAUUAACCGCAUCUUAAGCGCGUUAGCUGUAGCUGAUAUGUUACUUAUGAUUGAAUAUAUUCCAUUUGCAUAUUAUUAUCACGACGAAAGAGGAAGGAAGGAUUUUUGUUAUUAUGGUGCUGUAUUUACUCUUUUCCAUAUCAAUUACAGUCAACUACUACAUACAAUAUCCGUUUGUUUAACGCUGUCAUUGGCAAUUUGGAGGUUUCUAGCUAUUGGAUAUCCGAAACAAAAUCAUCAGCUAUGCUCUAACAGCAGAUGCACAUUAGCCAUCUGCAUUUGUUACAUCUUACCCGUAUUCCUGUGUAUUCCGGCUUACUACAUUUUCGAAAUAUCAUCAAUAGUUAUAGAAGAGAACAAUGAAAAUAUUACUCUUUAUCACACUGAUCUAAAAGAAGAAGUAAAACAAGAUAAAACACUACUCAAAAUAAAUUUUUGGCUAUUUGCUGUAUUCAUCAAACUUUUACCUUGCUUCAUAUUAACCAUAAUCAGUAUCUGGUUAAUUAAAACUUUAUUUGAUGCCAAAAAGAGGAGACAAGUGUUAAGAGGUUACGAUUCAUUUCCUCUCACGGUAGAUGGGAAAGAAGUGAAAAGAAAAGGUAACAAAGCAGAAAGGAGAUCCGACAGAACAACGAAAAUGCUUGUAGCUGUAUUAUUAUUAUUUCUGAUCACAGAAUUCCCUCAAGGGAUAUUUGCUUUUUUUAUCGGUAUAAAAGGCCACGAUCUCUUUUUACAAUGCUACCAACCUUAUGGAGAGGUGAUGGACAUUAUGGCAUUAGCCAACGGCUCUAUAAACUUCAUUUUAUAUUGUUGUAUGAAUCGAAUGUUUAGAACUACAUUCAGUCAAUUAUUUAAACCAAGGAUUUUGGAUAAGUGGACAGGAAAUUCUUCUGAAGCGCAUACAACGACAGUGCCAAACGGGACAAAUACAACUACGUUGUAGAAGUUGGAAUAGAUGUAAAUAAAUUGUGAAUUCAAAUUUUAAUUGUAAUAUAAUAUAUUGUAAGAGUUUUUCAGAAUGUCAAUACAUAAUUAAGACAAUCCCAAAAGUGAUUAAUGCAGUUAUUAUUUAUAUUAAUUUGGACCGUUCAAUUACUAUUUUCAAAAACGUUAUUAGAAAGAAAGCGACGGCCCAUGACUUCAGAAUUCUCUUUAUAUUGUUAGUUCAAUCUUCUCAAUUUAAUCCUCUCCUCUACCCUCCAAUAUUUCUAUACCCAACUAUUCUUCUUUAGUCUUUUCAAAUUUCAAAUUCAGAUUAGUUAAUAUUGAUAAAUGCCUCAGAAGUUUGUUUUAGUUUAUAACUGCGAAUCAAAUACAAACCUCAUACUUCUGAAUUGUUUCCGGUAUAUGGAAGCGUUUUGAGUACCAUAUAUUAAAUUGUAAACACUUUUGGGAUUAAAUUUAAUAUAUUUUAGUACUGGUUGUGAUGAAUUGUUUAAGAAGUUUGUUUAUUGUCUGAAAUAUUUGCUGUUCGACUAGAGUGGCCGUACGUAAAUAUAACAGCAGCUAAUAUCAGAACUCACCAAUCCAAAGAGAUAUAUUUCUUUCCAAUAAUUGAAUUUCAUGUAAUUUUAUUAAUAAUUUUUUCAUUUAUUUUAAUGAUUUAACGUUGGAAGUAGUUCGGAAUACAAAAACUGCAAGGAACAAGUAAAUUAUAGAAUUGUAAAUGUGAAUAGUUUUCUGGCAAAAUCAAAAAUUGAAAGUAGAAACACAAACAUUUAGGUUAACAAUAAUAAAACGAAUUGUCAGUAAUUUAAGAAAAAAUCAAAACGAGUGACGAAUUUAAAUAAAUAAGAAACCGGAAAAGUAUUAUACCAAAUCAAAAAUAUUACUCGCUAUUCGCUAUACGCUAUUCAAUGAGUUAAUUGGAUCAAAUUUAAAUUUCAUUUGUGGAGCUAUAGGUAAUAUUAGUUACGAAAUCAACGUAAUUACGUACAGUACAACUUGUUAUGAGAUAUUCUCUGGCAACGCGAUUGCUACUACAGAUAUUUUCAAUUGAAUGAAAGUGAAACGUUGGAUACACCCACAUUCUGAUGAUAAUAUCGGAAAACCAACUAUACCUAUGUAAAGGUUUAGAAAUGUAUCGUGUUUGCUGAAUAUUAAGUCAAUAUCAAGCCCUAUUAAGUGAAUCACGUUUAAAAUCUUGAUCUGCAAAGUGAAACAAGUAUUAAUUUUUCGAGCUAUUUUAUUCAAUUGGAUUAAAACCCAAAGUUCACUGCACAUUUCAUUAUAUCUAACUACAGCAAAUUGUAUUUAUCUUACAAACCCAUAUACGUAUAUUAUAAGAAAUGAAACACCAAAGUGUACUUUUUUUAAUAUACAUUCCGAGCUUUAUAUAAUAUAUUUAUUUUAAGUGUCAUCAUUUUAAAUGUUGUAUUUUGACUCACAAGAAUUUAACAAUUCAUACAAAAUUCAAGAUGCUAUAAAUAAAAAUUCUCGAUUAAUCAACUCUCCGAUACGGAAUAUAUAAGUAUUCGACAGCUCGGAAUAUAUAUUAGAAGGAGUACACAUUAUUGAGUUUGUUUGCCACAGUCCCACAACAAUAAAAUUUAUAAAAAAAUAGCCUGUCGUUAAAUUUGAAAAUUGGAGUUGGUGGGAUAGGACUGGGUUGGUUUUGACGGGGAAGGUUCGAAAACCAGUGAAAUAUUUUAUUUAUAUUCUUAAUAUAUUUCCAAUCUCAUUCCUUAGAAAAUUCAAAAAAUUAAUUAACAUAUAAUUAAUAUUUAAUAUCAUGAUUAUUCAAAUUUCAAGACUAAUUUGAUUAUUUUUCAUUACAUCAUCAUCCUUCGUUUAAUUCAUUAAUCCAGUACUAAUAUCCGAACUGGAAUUCAACUAAUUCAAUUAUUGGUAAAAGUACAAAUUUCUGACAUCUGGAACUUCGAUAAAUGGUUUCUACUACUUCAAAAACGUUAAACCAACGUGUUUUAUUAGGAUCCUAACCUGAGCAGAUACGGAAUUAUAACCAUAAUUUUUUUUAGUUUAUCAAUAAGAAAAACUUUUUUUGGAAGAUGUACUAUACACGUUACAGUGUCCAGGAAGCUGGGCAACAAUUAUAAAAACAGUUAUUCAAAAUUAAAAUAAAGUAAUGAAGAAGUUUUUUGGAAAGAAAAAUUCAUCGGAAUGGUUUUUUGUGAAACUAUUUUAAAUUGAGUUCACUAAGAUCGAAAUUUUAGUGAAAAUAUUUGUUUGAUGGAGGUACAUAAAUCAACAUAAACGUAAAUUUCCAUAAUUGGCACCAAAAAACGAGCUUUAGAUUGAAUUGGAAUAUUUGGUCGAAUUAUCAGAAAAUAAGUGAAUUGGAAAUAUUGCUCGCAAGAAUUUUAUUUGGUUUUAGCACAAUGGAUUUCCGGCUCAUUCAUAUAACUCAAUUGAAUCACGGUCAAAUAAUACUUUUGACAAUUAUUAGAUAGGAGAUAGUACACCAGUUCAUUGGCCACCUCAAUCACCAGAUUUCACAUAAACUGAUUUCUUAGUAGCAUAUUUGAAAUCUAAAAUUUAUAAACUUAUACACCUUGGUGUUGUUUAUUCCUAGCUCUGCGUUCUAAUAUAACCAUAACUUUCAAAUACAUCAAUGACAAACCGAUUUUCAUUUUCUUAAUUUUCAAACUGAAUUGUUAUUAAAUAUUACAAAUUUCAAAACAAUAAUAAGUAAAUAGGAAUUAGACAAUAUUUUUGGUUUUGUAUUCGAUUAGAAAAAAAGCUAUAAUUGCUUUAAAAUCAUUAAAUACAUUUUGGAGUUGUUUGAUUUGGACAUGUUUAAAAUACUGAAAAAGAUCAUACCAUAUUUUUUGCCACUGCUGUUUUAUCUUCGCAUGACCACUUUUUAUGUUUACUAAAAUAAAAAAAUACUAAAUA